AUAAUUUAGCAAAAUCGAUAUCAGCAACAGGGUGUUAAAGAACAAAGACAUCAACAACAGCAUUUUAUUUCCCGGUCUGAACAGUACGACGCCGUUGAAGUUUCUUGUGCCUAACAUGAGCUCGGUGAAGAAAGAGGAACGCCGCGAAGAAGAUGUACGUACCGUGACGGAAGAAGAGGUGGAUGAGUUUUUCAAGAUACUACGGAGACUACACGUGGCAACACGGAUGGCUGCGAGAGUUAACGGCGGUGGUGUCGUUGAACGAGAGUUACCUUCUAAGAAGAGGAAACGGAGGCAGAGCCUUGAGUCGAAGAGCUCAUUGGAUACUAACGACGUUCAAGAUGGAGAGUCAGAUGGAAGAACUCGGGUCGGGUUACGGAAUUCGGGUUUGGAUCUUAACUGUAUACCGGAACCCGAAGCAGUUAAAAUGUAAUUCUUCUUCGUAAUUUUCUUACUUAAAAAAAAAAAGUUCUUGUAAACUCUUCAAAAAUUUUCUGUAACUCUUCAAAAAAUUUCUUUUAAAUGAAAACGUAGCUAAAAACCUUAAGAUC